ACAAUAUGGCGGACUGUUCCAUGUGCACUUUUUGUGCAACCGUUAUCACAGGCUUUGAGUCUGUUACUGUCUCUGAAUGCAAACAAAAACUGCAAUGCAAUCCCAUCAGGAAAAGAGGAAAAGUWUUUUUUGAUAUUCCCGUUGAGAAAAUCCACAAAACCAAAGCCUUGCGCUCAGUAGAAAAUUUGUUUCUAGUUGUGAAAGAACUCGAGGAUUUUAAAAUUUCAGAAACCAGCGAAGACAAGGACGACACACUUAAACGGUUUUAUCAGCUUUCUAGUGAACUAGACUGGGAAAAGUCUCUAUCAAUAUGGCAGGAAUUCACGGGAUACGAGGGAAGUCUUUUGAAUCAGGAAUCAACCCAACAUGUUGGUGAUGAUGAUGAUGAUGAUGAUAGGGCGAAUCAGCAAUCAUCCAACAAUCCCAAAAAGCCAAAGAUUGAUACUACAAAAAUCAGCACCACUCCAAGUUUUCGUGUGACGGCAUCACGAUCAGGGGCCGGCCAUCAGUUCUCAUCAAUGGAGGCAGCRGCCAAGUUUGGAGGUGGUAUAAAUGAUUUGUUUCACUGGCGUGUGGAUCUUUCCAAUUCAGACAUAGAAGUAUUGAUGUAUAUUGUGGAUAAUGAUGUUGUUGUUGGUCUGGCACUUACAAGGAAAUCCCUUGGAAAGCGYAACAUCCAGCAUUUUGGACCUACAACAUUGAAGUCUUCUUUAGCUUACAAUCUUUUGCAUCUGGCUGACAUUGGUCCUGGAGAUGUUGUGUGUGACCCUAUGUGUGGUGGAGGRUCCAUUCCAAUAGAGGGAGUGCUWGGAUGGCCAUUAUCUGCUCAUCUGUGUGGGGACUUCCAUGAUAUGGCUCCACCGCGAACUUCAGCAAAUCUCACAUCAGUUUGUAAAGAGGAAAAUAGGUCUUUACCCCUUGAUGUCUUCCAAUGGGAUGUUAYCAAUCUACCACUACGAACAAACAGCAUCAACGCCAUYAUCACAGACAUGCCAUUCGGAAAGAAGAGCGGCUCUCAACAACGUAACUGGACUCUUUAUCCAAAGGCUUUGAGAGAAAUGGCAAGAGUCUGUCAACCUAAAACAGGACRCACUGUCAUUCUCACUCAUGACAAGAAAGUCAUGAAAAAGACUUUGCAGCAGUGUUCUGAGUGGUGGAAAACAAAAAUGACUUUGUGGAUUAACAUGGGAGGGCUGCAUGCUGGAGUAUAUGUGUUGACUAGGACAGAGAAGUGUUUUGACGAGUAACUCUAUAUAGUCUAUCAAAAUGUGUGUAAAUUAUGCUGUCAAAUUAUUCUUGAGGAAGGUACUUGCAUCUGAAGGUCUUACAUGUAAGUUCGAAAAAAAUGAAGAAAUAAAUUAAAAAUAAAUAUAAUGCAGUUAAAGGCAAUACAAUAAAAGUGAUCAAGUCAAUUCAUUUUGCUGCCAUUUCCAAACACAAAGAAAGAAAAACACAAGUUUGCUUUGUGGUAACAAAAAAAUUGCCUUUUAAAAAACAGUCUAACAAACAUAUACAUGUACUUUAUGUUCACAGGUUUGAAUAAUCCUCAGCAGGUUUUAUUUUACUGGCUAUAUUUUGGUCAUACCAAUGAGUACUACUAACAAUUGUCUUGUUGACUUAGCUUGUUCACGAUAUCUAGUAAUGCAUGGCUACCAAUUCAGAACUUACUGAUAGCUUUUCACAGGAGUAUUUUUAUUAAGUUAAUGUCUGUUGUUUAUUUUCUUUUUGAAAAAUGAAAACACUCUAUUGUUUAWUAAAUAUCAAUUACUAACUUUAAUGAAUAAGUUAUUGCAUAUCUGAUAUUUACUUUCUUUGAUAAGAAUUUUAUAGUCAAUACAGGAGAUUAAAUACCUGGCUCUAUGAACUCUAAAUGAUAUAGUGAAGUUAAAA